AUGGCAUCUCGACCCACAAUCAUCACAGGCUACAAGCUCAAGGACAAUCUCGCUGAACACUAUAAACACCCACAACCACCCCUCCGGCGUCUAGUCCAAUCUCUUCAGCAUGUACUUCAUAUCCCAAUUAUGCUCGUCGAGGUGGAAGACGAGGACGACGACGAAGAUAACUCGCUCUACGUGUGUUGCUAUGUUAACGAUGCUAUAUUCGACGUUGGAGGAGAAGGGUUGGAUGUUCCGCCGGCGUUUGAGCGGGUAAAAGAUGUGCUGAAGACGGAGGGGAAAUUUACGUAUUACUACGAUUGUCAAUCUACCAGAUCUAGAGUGUUCCCUGAGUAUUCCCGAUUCUCUGGUUAUCACAUUGACGAGUCAGGUAACUGGCGAGAGGACCAUCCUUCCAUUUACUCUUAA